CAUCAAACUAAUGGAGGCAUGCCUUUUUUCAAAUGUACCGUGACAAACAACCCCUAAAUCAUACCUCUCAAAAAAGAGUUUCAAGCCAUUAGCGUCGCAAUCGGUAACUAACCACCGCUUUUAGUGCGCCGCCGGCUAAAAUUAACCGUCAAAGCAGAAACCUAGUCUCCUCCCCACCUAUAAAAGCCAGCAUUUUGUGCUCAUCUUCUCUUGUAGUAUUAGUUUUUUUCUAGAAAAACAAAAGAAUGGCUGCUGAGGUUGAAUACAGGUGCUUCGUAGGUGGGCUCGCAUGGGCUACCAACGAUAGAACCCUAGGUGAAGCUUUUUCUCAUUAUGGCGAAGUGCUCGACUCGAAGGUCCGUUUGUUGCAGAGCAGCAGAGAUCGGAUCCGAGCCCCUUUUUUUAUUUGGCUUCGUUGAUGACCUUUCUGUUACUCUCAUUGAUCUCUCUGUUACUCAUGUUACUGUGUUACUGUUACUCUCUCUCUCUGGUUUACUUGAUUCCUGAUCUGUUAACUCUGUUACUAUUUGUUACUGUUACCUUAUUCACCUAUACGAUCAUCAACGAUCGUGAAACUGGUAGAUCAAGAGGAUUUGGUUUUGUUACCUUUGUUGAUGAGAAAUCCAUGAGGAAUGCAAUUGAAGGAAUGAAUGGCCAGAACCUUGAUGGUCGUAGCAUCACGGUUAAUGAAGCUCAGUCACGCGGAAGCGGUGGUGGUGGUUUCGGAGGUGGCCGACGUAGUGGUGGAGGCGGCGGAUAUAGCAGCGGUGGUGGUAGCCGCCGUGAUGGUGGCAACAGUGGUGGUUAUGGAAGUGGCCGUGACCGUGGGUAUGGUGGCGGUUAUGGCGGUGGUGACCGAUAUGGUGACGGUGGGUCCCGCUUCUCAAGAGGUGGCGGUGCUUCAGAGGGCAGCUGGAGGAAUUAGCUCUAAUAAUAACAUUCUGAAAUUGGAUUUAAAUGUCUAAAACAUGUCCGUCCCCCUUUAGAUAGUUUUGGCUUGGAGACUUUGUUUCUUAAUUUUUUGUUACUGUGGUUCGUGUUAUUGUUCUGGUUUCUAUCUAUUGGCUCGUUAUGUUUCUGUGUGGGAUCUCUAUUUACGAGGUUAAAUGAAAGUUAUAAAUGAUCAACCCCUUUUUUAUUUGUU